UAUCGACCAUUCUCACGUCCGUCACCUUUGGCUUGACCUGGUGCCAGGUGCUUUGUGGCCUAACCGUUGUACAAUUAAAUAACAAUCAAAACAUAAUUGCAUGCGAGCGCAUUUCGCUUUUGCGAUGAGCCCAAAAAUUAAAAAAUUUAAACUAGUUCUCCGGCCUGGCUUUGUUUAAUUUGUGCGCGCAGUAAAAGUGCCGAGAACGACUAGAGUUGGUGGUGUUGUGUAUGUGGCUAUAUGCUUUUCUGUGCCCCAUUAAAGUCGGGCGACGCAAUUUGCAUGAGCGACAGCUUCGAAUCUUUUCAACAAAAAAUUAUACUACGGGCAUGACUCAACGCUGAACAAUUUUGUGGCCCGGCCCGCGUGUGUGAGUGCGUCGCUGAGAAAUCGUUUCUUUCUUGCUUGACUGAUAAUUCCUACGAUCCGCGCUUAUUGUUCAUUUAGUUUUGUUUUCUUUUCGGAAUUUCUUAUUUAUGCCUGUUGUAACUGCUUGGGACGGAUCGUUCGCAAUAAUAAUCAUAAAGUGAAAGCACCAACCUAGCAUGACACGACUCAAUUGGGCCGCUUAACGCUUUCAUUCAACCCACAAGCGGUCUGGACUCGAAACCCAUUCGAACAUAAACCAAGAACUAGAACUCCUAACCACAUAGCAUCACAUACUCUACAGUACCGCAUCGCACCAGUGACCAACAUCUUCUUCUCCCCCAAAACAAAAUUGGGGGAAACCAAACGAAGGCCACCCCUUCCGCUUUCCAGCAUAAUUUCUCUCGAAAACCGCACUUACCCACAUAUACUAUAUACACAUAUAUAUCUUUGAAACAUCUUCGACAACAACCGCAACCGAAUAACACGAAUAAUGAAUUAUCAGAAGGCCAGUGAAAAGCAGUCGCCGUCCUCGUUGAAGAAGCGGCCGCCGGGCAACGGCAAUAGCAUACAAAACUUUUGGAACGAACGCAUUAUGGAGCGCUUCAUAAAGGCGAAUCUAUUCAUUAUAUGUUGCGUGGUGGCGGUUCUCCUGCUGAUCGUGUAUCUGGGGGCUUUUUCGUGUGAGGUCUCUUGGAUACUGGAGGCCCACGGGGAGCUGCCCUUCGCCGCCUACACACUCUGCUCGCUCUACUUCGUGAUGUUCGUGGCCACGACGAUCCUCAUCCAUGGACUGGUCAGCGGACUCUGUUGGCCGCUGUUCGCCUGGUCGGGCAUCAUCGGACUCCUCUCGAUUCCCGAGUUGGUCUUCGUCAUGAUCAUGACCACACAGCACUGGGGUCUGCAAUCUGUGCAUGGACUUACAGAGCUCACUUCUUACCUGAUUCGUCUGAUCAUCAACUGCUUUGCUUUAAUUUGUGUGAUUCCCACGGGCAUCCGAUGGCGUCGGGAGACUCAGGUGUUGAGCCAACUGCAAGGAUUGGCCACUCGGCUCAGCCUUCAAACUCCGGCACCCAGUGUUCCGAUGACCAAAGCGGACUCCCGGCGCUCCAGCCAGCGGUUGAGUGGAUUUGAGAACGCCGGCUACCAGUUGUGCGAUGAAACCGCGGCUAAAAUACCCCUUGGUCCAGGAAUGGGUUUGGCUUUGAACAACCAAUGCGGAGGAAGUCAGGCGUUUGGAUCCCAAAAUGAGUUCAAUGCCAGCAUGUUCGCGCCGGCUUUGGCGCAGCAGUUCAACAAUGCCACUCUGAUGCAGCGAAAUGGAACGGGAGGAGCACCCGGUGGCCAUCGCGCCCAAUCCCUGAUGGAUCUGCGCUGCACUCUGCCCGGAAUGUACAACCCGCGACAUGUCCUCGAUACGGAGGACAAGAACGCCAAGUACUUCAACAUCACGAUCGAUGACUUGAAGAACAAUCUGCAUGACUCGCACCGACCAUCGCCUCCUUCGCUGAUUGGCUCCACUAGCAACGAUCCCAUAUACUGCUCCAUUGAACCCAAACAGCUGACACCGCCACCUGCUCAACAGAGGAGUCACAACCGUCCGCGUGGAAGCCACAAGCAACCGCCACCGGGCAAGCUCUCCAGGAAUUGUGUUUCCCUGGAAAACCUGGACGGGAUCAGCAAGGUGCAGAAUGAUCUGACCGCCUACGGGAAUAAUCUCCUCCAGAACUACACGCAGCAGCAGCAAUACUACCUGGCCAUGUUGCUGCACCAACAGCAGCAGCAACAGUUGCACCAGCAACAUGCAGGCGGCAUCUAUCGCAGGCCCUCCAAUUGCAGUUCCACGGGAGGAUUCGCCGGCACCGUGAUGGCACAACCGAUGCAGCGACGUGGCUCCACACACAGCCAGCAGAUGCAGUAUUACGGAGGCUUCGGCUACGCCAACUAUGCCAAUCCGUACAUCACGGCCAACAGCAAACUCUCGCUGGGCAACGAGUCCGACGACUACCGGAAGUACCGCGAUGUGGCCCUUUGAGUCCGGUAAUCCGGAAACAGAUCCCCAAACGAUCAUCAGUCAGCGCUUAGGUUACUCUCACUAGUUGUAGGACAUGCUCGAUCUAGAAGGAGAUUCCUCGGAAUAACGACCAAAGAGCCACAAACUAACUCAGUUUCAGUUCGUAGACUAACGUUACACUGGGAGAAUCUUAUGCAAUGUUUAUACGCAGGUUAAAUUUGCAAAGUUGGUUAUUUGCUUAAUUUAUUAUGCCGCAAAUACUGUGUUUACAGACACGCCUCACUUACAAAUAAAAACGUUCCAAAUGCAAAAACUUACAGUGAAAAUGUGAGGUUAUAAUUUGAAAUGCAAAUAAACAGCAAAGAACAAAUUGGCUUAGAAAGAUCCUAAACAUUACCGAAUUCUUUAUUCUCACAAAUAGAAAGCUAUCAUCUAUAAUUACCUUUGCAAAUAACAGGCGAAUAAACAUAGUAAUAGAGUAACUGGUUAAAUCAUCGUGACUUCACAGCGAGUUCCCCCAAGUUUAGUUCUAAGAAUCGACCACAAACCGACAUUGAAAUUCAUUGUUUAUUAAGUUUAGUUAGGAAUACGAAUAACAAUACUCUGAUCAACAGUCUAACCAUCAACAGAUCGAAAACUGUACAUACUUGUAAUAAAAGGCAUUCAAGUUUACUCGAGAA